GUUCGCGCUGCUCAAACUUGGAAGCAAACGCCAAACACUGAUACAAGUCAACGAAGCUAGCUAUUUGCAUAUAUUUUACAUUCGACAUGGCAUCUUGCUUAGUGCCUGACUUUCCAGCUGUUCUGGUUGCUUUGGAGCAUUUGGGCGAAUUAGACAAGCAGCUGAGGGAUGAGGGAGUUCCAUUCAGUCCUGAGGCCAGUCAUCACCUGAAAGAAAUAGCUGCUGCCAUCACUGAACUGGAGACUUCCAGAAGAGUAGUCCAUGAACAACUGGAGGUAGAAACUAUUGAAACAAGCAAACUCCGACAUCAAUGCCAGAAUAUCCAUGAUGAUGUUCAGAAUGAGAUAUCAGCUGGUGUUGCGGCUGCAAGAAAUAUAAAUGCGGGUCAAAUUACUCAACUCCAAGAUGAACUGAACAGUAUAGUGCAAGAAAUAGAAUUAAUGGAGAAAAAACAGGAAGUCCUUGAAAAGCAAAAUGCUAUUCUUUAUCCUGAGAGAGAGUUGGUAAAAGGUGACCAUGAAAAUGUCAUCAACCAAUUAAACUACCAGCUGUCAGAGAAGGCCAAUAAACAGAUUCUGCUCAAUGAAACAAUGAACGAGAUCAAAGAAGGGAAAGCCAAGAUCACAGAUGUGGAGAACACUAAAGUGGAGCUAGAGGAAGACAUGAUUCAAGAGAGGAAGAUGUUUGUUGAAACAAAUGAGAAUCUUCAGAGAGAGUGUGAGGAAGUCAUCAAUAACAUACAGGACCAGAAGAAGAACAAUGAGAAGAAACGCAGGGAGCUGGACAUUUUUUUAGCAGAACUGUUGGAUAAGGAGGACAAAGUCACAGAGCAAAAAAAAGCAAGUGAACUGAAUUAUUUCAGUGAAGUAGUAAAUUAAUUACAUUUUACACUAAUGCUCU